AGCACGAAAAUUGCUGCGGAGAACAGCGUAGAAAACGCGGUGCUAGAAAGCAACCCUUUGCUUGAGGCGUUUGGCAACGCGAAAACCUUGAGAAACCACAACAGCAGCCGUUUUGGAAAAUUCAUAGAACUGCAGUUUGGAGAACAAGCAGCAUAUGGAGGGAAUGCGAAAGAUGAAUUGCAACCUAGUAGUAAAGGAGCAGGAAAACCCGGAUCACCACCUAGUAGUGCCCUUGUUGGCGCACGCAUUCAGACCUACUUGUUAGAGAAGAUCCGUGCUACAGCACAGCAGGAAGGCGAGC